UAUUACAGCAGCAGUGAGGGUGAGGACAGCGACCACGAGGACAAGGACGGAGGCAGGGCGGCACUGGCCGGGAGUUCGACACCUGCAGAUGCUGAGUUGGCGGGCGAAGGCAUCUCAGUUAACACAGGUUCGGAGAGAAGAAAUCACGAGGAUUACAGUGGGAUGAAGUGUGAAUUGAAGAUGAAGAGUUAGAGCCAAUGUCCAUGCUGUCAACACCAGAAACAUGUGAAGUCAGCAAGCUGAGAAGGGAGGGCAGCAUCAAGGACCACAAAUCUAACAACUUGUCCACAUGUUAGCUAAGGAGUGGAAAGUAAAGGAAAGCUUUAUGGGUGGAAAGUAAAGGUAGGUAGAAACAUACUUAUUGGCUUAUUUGUGAUUACAGUUAUGAAAGAAAUGUGUGUGUGUUAAAUGGUAAGAUUCUCUGUUUAGUUGGCUCUGUGACCAUGGAAAAAGUCAACCAAACCAGUAGUGUCUCUGAGUUCAUCCUCUUGGGACUCUCCUCCCGGCCUGAAGACCAGAAGCCACUCUUUAUCCUCUUCCUCACCAUAUACCUGGUCACCAUAAUAGGGAACCUACUCAUCAUCCUGGCCAUCCACUCUGACUCCCAGCUCCAGAACCCCAUGUAUUUCUUCUUGAGUUUCCUGUCCUUCACUGACAUUUGCUUUACAACAACCAUUGUCCCCAGGAUGCUAGUGAACUUCCUGUCAGAGAAGACCAUCUCCUAUGCUGGGUGUCUGACACAGAUGUAUUUCAUUUAUGCUCUGGGCAACACUGACAGCGGCCUUCUGGUGGUCAUGGCCUUUGACCGCUAUGUGGCCAUCUGUGACCCCUUCCACUAUGUCACCACCAUGAACCACCACCGCUGUGUCCUGCUGGUGGCCUUUUCCUGUUCAUUUUCUCACCUCCACUCACUCCUACAUACACUCCUACUGAAUCGUCUCAAUUUCUGUGACUCCAGUAUUAUCCAUCAUUUCCUCUGUGACAUCAACCCUCUGCUAAAAUUGUCCUGCUCUUCCACAUUUGUCAAUGAAAUUGUGAUAAUGUCAGAAGGUUCUGUUGUUUUGGUGACCCCCUUUCUGUGCAUUACUUUCUCUUACAUACGAAUUUUCAUCACAGUUCUCAAGAUACCCUCAGCUGCUGGGAAACGCAAAGCCUUUUCCACCUGUGGGUCUCACCUCACUAUGGUAACACUCUUUUAUGGAAGCAUCUUUUAUGUCUAUUUACAGCCCUUGUCCACCUACACUGUUAGAGAUCACGUGGCAACACUUGCCUACACAGUUCUGUCCUCCAUGCUAAAUCCUUUUAUCUAUAGUCUGAAAAACAAAGACAUGGAAAGGGGCCUGAGGAAGCUGAUGGCCAGGAGGAAGUCCUAGCCAGAACCUCUGGGAGCAUGUUCAUGAGGGUCUCUGCUCCUCUGGACCCUGUUUCUGCUGGUCAGCAGGUGUAAUCGUAUCUGUCAUGGAUGUUGGGUUAUAUCAAUGUUGUUACAGUUGCAGCCAUCAACCACUGAGACUAUUAUGAUUCAGUAAUUGGCUCAAGGUCAACCAAGUUCCUGGGUUCCAGUUUUCACAUAUCUACCUCUCUCUUCUUCCUCUUCUCCAGGAAACCACAUCUUUUUCAUUCCCUCAACUGCUGUUGAAACCUCUGUUUUCCACAAAAAUUUGUGGAACUAAUUCAUAUCUAUUCAAUGACUUUGAUUCCCUUAGUAUCCUUCUUACUUUAAUGAACUUUUGUAAUCAGUUUUGCUAGCUUUUUGGAAGUCAUUACAGUAAUUUAGGAAAAGAAAGAGAGACAGAGACACAAAGAUUGAGAGUUUCCUAAAUUUGAAACUUCCACCAAAGAAAAGAAUGUGUCUGGCCUGUCAGUUUAUACAGGGAUCAUGCCUCUUCCUUCUUCUCUAUUACUGACAGCAGGAUAUUCUGGUCUCUAUAGUGAACACAAGCCCAACUCUUAGCCCCGAUUAGCUAAGUGACUGAAAUUCAACACACAACUGAACCUAUGAACAGGCCAGUGUGCAAGGGCCGGAGUUGCCUCUGGGUCCUUACCCUGGUCAUCUGGUGUUUGUCCUUCAUAGGCAAUUGCUCCUCUUCUGCCCUCUCUUAGCUUCAACUCCCCUUAGUAAUCCCUCAAUUUCUACCAUCCCUACCGCUCUGAAGUCUGUCUGCUUCCCAGGGAGAUUUAUUGUAGGUACUUAGAAUUAUUCUCAGUAUCUUUUGAAGAGAGAGUUAAAGCCCAUAUGUGAAUGUUGAAGGCAGAUAUAACUAGGAGCUUCCAGAACCAAACAUAGAGGCUCUGGGAUGUAGAGUCAUCUAGUGCUACCGGCCAGGACUUGUUUCUGUUUGCUUUUGUUUUCAUUCUUUAUUUUCUAUUACUCUCUCAGGUAUUUUAGACUUUGCUGUAUUUUCUAUCUUAAUAUUUUUGCCACUUACUAUUCUGUAUCAUUUCCAGAGAUAUUACUCAGCAGCUCUCACAUGGGGCCUGUGAACCUGAAUUUUAAUAAACACCUCCCCCCGCAGAGAAAACUAACAUGGCCUUACAUGAGAAGCUGAAUGUUUGAAAAUUUCUGAUCAUUCUUUAUCUCAAUGUUUGUAUUUCUAGGACUCAUGCCCUAAAGUAACAGUAUAUCAAAUUAUCAAACUGCAUGUACACAGACACUUAUUGAUUACAGCAUUGUUUGUAAUAGUGAAAAAUUAGAAACAGUCUAAAUGCCCAUCAGUAAGAUAAAUGAUGGUUCAAUUUUUCCAUAGAAAUAAAUAAUAUGUGGUCAUUAUAAAUAAUGAGGCGUAUCUCUAUCACUGCCCUGAAAAGCCAUUAUGAAUGAAGAGCAAGUUGCAAAAUAGAAUGCUUAAGAAUAAACCUGGGUGCUACAUGCAACUAAUGAAUCAUUGAACACUACAUCAAAAACUAAUGAUGUACUAUAUGGUGGUUAACUGAAUAUAAUAAAAGAAAAGAAUAAGCCUAUUUUUAAAAAGAAUAAGCCUAUUAAUAAAU